AUGGGAUGUGGCAUGGGAAAAUCUGAACUACGGCUGAAAAAAUGUGACAGAGUGACCAUCUCAGUUCCAGCUGCCACUGCAAUCAGGGCGGCUCUGUUGAUCCAGCGCUGGUACCGUCAGUACGUGGCCCGGCUGGAGGUGAGACGCAGGUGCACGUGGAACAUCUUCCAAUCGAUUGAAUACGCAGGAGAGCAAGACCAGAUUAAGCUCUACAAUUUCUUUGGCUUCCUGAUGCAGCACUUCACCCCAGCCAGCAGUGAGAGAAACCUGAUAUCUCACAUCUUUCGCGAGAAUGAAAUCUGCCACCAGGCAGAGUGGGAAAGGUAUUUCUGCUGCGAGAGCGUUGAGGUGCCCAACAGCUACGCCGGCCCCCACCUGACCUUCCCCAUGACCUUCUGUGGGGUGUCGAAGCUGGUGGAGGCCUUCAAGCACAAACAACUGCUCCAUGCUCGCUAUGUUCUGCAGCUUCUUGGAGAGACCUGGAGACUUCUGAGAAUCCUUACAAACAUCAGUCAUGUCUCCACCUGCCAUACAAAGGAGAUAACCAUAUGUGGAGACUUGCACGGGCACCUGGAGGACCUGCUGUUGAUAUUCUAUAAGGUAUUCACAGGAGGCAAAUCACCACAUUGUCAGUGAGCGAUGUUCACGUUUAUAAGUACCUUGAACUUGAUUGUCCAGAAUGGUUUGCCGUCGUCCGAGAAACCGUAUGUCUUCAAUGGAGACUUUGUGGAUCGGGGCAAAAACUCCUUAGAGAUCCUGCUCAUCCUGUUUGGGUUCCUGCUGGUCUACCCCAAUGAUGUGCACCUGAACAGAGGGAACCACGAGGACCACAUUGUUAACAUGAGAUAUGGUUUCACUAAAGAAGUUCUCUGCAAAUACAGGGUGCAUGGCAAGAAGAUCCUGAAGCUUCUCCAGAAGAUCUUCAGCUGGCUGCCCCUGGCCACAGUGAUUGAUCAUAAGGUGCUGGUAGUACACGGAGGGAUCUCUGACACGACAGACCUCGACGCGAUAGCCAGAGUGGACAGGCACAAAUACGUGUCGGCCCUCAGGCCUCCGAAGACGACCCAUUAUGCAGUAAAUGACACAGAGGCCAGUGGUCCAGUGGAAGCCCGGCGUCGAGUGUGCUCUCUUACCCACCACAGCUCGCCGCCACCUCAGAGGUAUAACCUAUCUCGCCGCUCGCUGCACAACCUGCCAACUAGCAGUCAGCACAGUUGGUCCGUGGAGGAGGAGCUAAAGAGGAGGCGCAGGUUGGCUGGGUUUGACCAGUCCUAUGGUGAGCUGCAGAGGUCUGACUCUGACCCAGAGUGCGGAGCGACAGCACAGACAGACGAGCAUGAGUGGAAACAGAUAGUGGACUUGUUGUGGAGUGACCCCAUGCCCCAAAAUGGCUGCGUUCCCAAUGAGGUGCGAGGUGGAGGCUGCUACUGGGGUCCAGACGUCACUGAGGAGGUGCUGGGAAGACACAACCUGCAGCUCCUCAUCCGCUCCCACGAGUGCAAACAGGACGGCUACGAGUUCUGCCACAACCGCAGGGUGAACACAAACAGUCACAUAGUGCUGACUAUAUUUUCGGCAUCUAACUACUAUGAGGUGGGCAGCAACAGAGGGGCCUACAUCAGAAUGGGCCCAGAUCUGGUCCCACACUUCAUUCAGUACCAGGCGAGCCGAGCGUGCAGAGAACUCACCCUGAGACAAAGUGUCGGGUGGACGGAGAGAUCAGCCCUGAGAGCUCUGAGGGAACAACUGUUUGUGCAUAAGUCAGAUCUCAUCAGUGCCUUCCAGGAGUUUGAUCCUAACAACACAGGUGCAAUACACUGA